CACACGCACGCACACACAAACGCCGGUUUUGUGAACUCACUUGACGAAAAGAAAGAGCGAGAAGAAAAAAGUUGCCAAAUCAAAAUGGUCACCGAGCCGAAGUCCGUUGAGCCCAACGGUCUCGCCAGCCCGGUCUCGCAAGUAAGCAGCCCGAAGGGCGCCCGUGUGCGGAUCUUCAAUGCCGAGGACUUCUUGUCGCGUGCUCAGAUGAACGACAAAAUCAACAACAUCUUGCGCUCGCCCACCAAGCCGCCCAACGGGGUGCGCCAGCGCUCCGUCUACACCAACAACCCAUCGCCGCAGGCAAGCUUGCGUGUCGGCAUGACUGGGGGGCAGCUGUCCCAACGCAUGAGCAACAUCUCGCUGUCCUCCGGCACGGACUCCGUGGGCCACAUGGAUCGCGGCAGCAGCUCCAGUCUCGCUAGCAGCGCCACCGUUGGCACCAACACCAUCACCAGCGGCAUUUCCAAGGAGUGCGCCAAUUACCCCGUCGGCAGUCAGUCGGCCCGUCCAUACGUCCAACUGCCUGGCAUACACAUUUCCAACCCUCCCCAGUACGGGCCAGGGAAUAUGCAGGAAAUAGACGCUGGCAAAAUGGCGCACAACGGCAAGGCACUCACAGGGCGCUACAAUGCCACGCCCACCUAUGGCUUCGACAACGAGCAGAAAUACUGCCUGAAUUCCCAACAGUUGCCGUCUCCAAUGCCCCCUCCACCAUACGCCUUGGCACGCGUGAGCAGCACACGCAACUUCGAGCUCGAGAACCACACACCGCCGGCAUGUCCCGGCUCUGGACCCAUUGCCAUGACGAACGGCACCAUCCAGUUGCGCCUCCGCGAUGGCGUGCGAAUUGACAUGACUCUGGACAAGGCGGUGCGCGUGCUCAAUCAGCGCAGCAUGGUGGCAGUUGCUCUAUCACGCAACUGCAGCAACUCGGCUUUGAUCCACCCCAAUGGACGCAUCUUGCAGAGCGGCGCUAAAGUCGAAAUAGGCACCUACGACGGCAUGAAGGGCAAUAACUUUGUUCGCUAUGCCAAGAUGUGGUACAAGGGUGUGAGCUUCACCAGCGAGGCGUGCGCUCUCAUCUACCUGGUGGACACAGCCGGGACGCGCACCACAACCGACACUUUCACCGAUCUGACCAAGGACUACACCCUGGCAGUGUUCUAUGACGACUCGCGGCAUGGUCCCUCUUAUAUGGCUGAAGCCCAUGACGUGAUUGCCAAUUCAGCUUACACCUGUACCGAGGAUGGCACUGAGAUCUAUGACAUAAACGGAUUUCGCAUCACCCAGGCAGCCGAUGGCCUGGUGAAGGUCACUCGUGUGGACAACAAGUGCUUGAUUCGCACCAGUCCCGGCAAUGGAUCGGCCACUUUGACCACACCUGGCAUCCAUUGCACUGCCUCUCUGGGCAAGACCUCGCAUCUGUUUGUUCGUCGCAAUGAGAAGCGCAUGCACUUCGAUGGAUCCUGUUUCAUUGUACGCAACGCCGGACACUCCGCCGGCUUCAAUGAGAACAACCUGCUCAUUGUCUACUGAGCGGCGUUCGUAGUCCGGAGAUAGAAACGGUGCAGUGGUAGCCCAUCCCACACGCACACACUCACACAUGUCAACACAUUUCACCUGAAACACAUACAUAGACA